AUGUCGCGCCACGACUACAAUUCUUAUCGUCCCAGAUAUGAUCGAGGAUCCCCACCACGGCCACCUGCAGAAGCUAGAAACGCUAUGUACCAUUUUGGUCGACCCUCUCGUGGUCGUGGUGGUCGAGGUGACUUCUCGUUCCGGUCAAGAAUUGCUGAAAGAGAUCUGUUGACGCAUCGUCCUAGUGCCCAGGAAGAUGUGGUAUUUACGCAUAACGGUGGUGUUGAUAAAUUCAAGGAUGUGGAUAACGUGACUGACAGCGAGGAGGAGUCGAUGCAAGAAGAGACCGAUGACGAGGACGAUGCCAGAGGGAAGAGACGUCGGCUCAACAAUGGUGAGGCAACUAAGCCUCGAUGGUCUAAUCCCGAUCCUUACACUGCACUUCCACCUGUCCCUGGCUCGACGGGAAAACACGUAGAUGUUGUCAAACUGAUUCGAAAAGCUCGAAACGAUCAGUCAUCACCACAUACUCUUGCCGCAGAACAGGACGACUUCAUAUCGUUCGACAACCUCGAUGACGAGACUUUUAGCCCUCCUGCCAAUGCUCCUACUGGCCCUAAGGCGGAUGUUGUGGGAAAUCCUCCCAGCAAACAAGAUCCAGUACUGGGAAAGAGAAAACGUGGAGACGACAACAGCCGCUUGAUGGGCGCUCGAGGCAGAUCACAAUUUCAUGCUAAUGGCAUGGUACUCGCUGAUUGGAAACCCUCUCAAGACAUAUCACCAACACCUUGGCUACGACCGCCAAAAGUGACAGACUCUGCUAUGGUGGCAUUACAUAAAGAGAUUGUAGACUUCUAUGCAUGGGUGAAGCCGCAUGAUUUCGAGGGUAUCGUGCGAGAAAAUGUUAUCAGCCGACUCAAUAAUCUGCUCCGUCGUUGGGGCAAUGGACAAUUGAAGUCUUUUGGAUCGUACGCUGCUGGGCUGUACCUGCCAACUGGAGAUAUGGAUCUCGUCUAUAACAUGGGCAAUGUCAGCACUAUGAGCCGAUCUAAAAUGUGGCAGCUUGGACGUUUCCUCGAGCACAAUCAGCUUGCAGCACCUGGAUCUGUGAAUGUGAUUGCAGGUGCCAAAGUGCCGAUUAUCAAGUUCGUCGACUCUACCACUGGCCUUAAGGUCGAUCUUUCCUUCAACAACGACACUGGCAUCGUUGCCAUCAGCACGUUCGAAAAAUGGAAAGCUGCGCAUCCUGCACUUUCAAUCAUCGUCGCUGUCAUUAAGCAGUUCCUUAUGAUUCGUGGCCUCAACGACAACUCUGUAGGUGGAAUUGGUGGAUUUGCAAGUAUUUGCUUGGUCGCCAGCUUGAUACAGAACCUGCCUGUGGUUAAGGCGCACAAUUUAGGUGAAUUGCUUGUGGAGUUCUUCAAUACUUAUGGAAAUCUAUUCGAUAUCAAUACGGUCGGCAUAAGACUUGAGCCUCCGGGCUAUAUUGACAAGCAGAAUUAUCGUCUUCUCCUCAAUGAAAAGCCAGAUCGUCUGAUGAUCGUCGACCCAAAUCGUCCCGACAACAACAUCACUGGAGGAAGCACCGAAGUGCCACGGAUCUUCCGGCUGUUUUCUCAGAUACACGAUCAACUUUUGUCACGUCUGGAUGAUUUUGCAGCACAAGACGAAAGCAUGACUAAUUUCAGUUUCUUGGAAGCAGUGAUUGGCGGCGAUUUCACUCCUUACUAUGAUCAACGAAAGGCUCUGUAUAUGGUGUACCAGCAGAUGCAUCCGAAAGGUGGUAAGAACAUUAGCCAGCAGGGUAUUCCGCCACCACCACCCCCUCCGAGCAUUCAAGUCUUGCCACUUCCUCCGGAUGGGGACACGAAAAAUGUAAAGCUUAACAAAAACGACGACGAGUCGUCUGACGGGGAUCAGCAAGCGACUGGUGGUAUCAAGACCAAGAGCGAAAAGCCUUCGAGUAAAAGUGCGAGACUCUUCGAACGACUGGAAAAGCUUUGUCCAGAACUCAUUCCAAGAUUGGGCAAAAAGUCACAGUUUGAUAUUUCGAAAGCCCUCAAAGUCGGUGGCUGGGUCGACAGAAAGCACAUGCUCAAAGUCCUAGAGAAGAAAGAAAGAUCGGUCAGUAAGAGAGCGCUCCGUAAAAAGAGCAAGUGA